CCGCAAGUUAUUAUUGAACCUACACCGUUGACUACUACUACUAGAAAGACUGCUAUUUCUGAAACUUCAACUCGAGCUGCCAUCGAUCUGCGCAUUAUAAACAAGGUUCUAAGCAUCGUACAGGAUAACUCAGUAAAGCUUGACCAGCUUUCAAGGCACUGCGCAAAGCUGGAGUAUUUAAUUAAGGAGCAACAAACGCAGCUUAGAGAGAAUGCAGCCCAAAAAUUGGCAAGUGAUUUAUUCCAUAAUCAUGAGCAAAUUAGUGACGAACAAAUAAAGGAGCGGCUUAAGGCAUUGUUGGAAAAUAAUAAAGAAUGUUCAGAAAAACUACAAAAAUUAAAAGACAAAGGGGUGUUAUUUAACAAAUUUUGGAGUAAAAAACUUUAUUCUGAAAGGCUUGUAGCAAUUCAGCUUAAAAAAGGGUAUUAUAUUCGAUGUGUGAAAGAAGAUGGUCCAAAUUCUGAGACAUUUCUGUCUUUAAUUAUUAAGUAUGUUUUUGUUUCCGAUGAUGAACGUACACAAGCUAAUGCGAUUUGA